AGAUUUUCGACCAAUGACGCAUCGAAGGCUGCAAGCUCCAGGCUUGGCAACUCUCACACACGCACGCACCAACGGAUGCGUGAACCUCGCGUGCGUGUCAUCCAUUCACACCACUCCGCCGUUCCUCCUCCCGGCACUCGACGCUCAUCUGUUGUACUCUACUUGUACUGUAGGUGCUCCAAACUAAGGUGGGAGUACACAACCAUGAACCCAUAACCUCCUCCUAGCCCAAUUCCAUGCCCCUCACAACCCAUCUCCUCCGCGGCCUCCUCCGGUCGUCCCGGUCCAGGUUCACCACCAAAUCCACCCCCCCAUCCUCAUCGUCUCCCAAUCCCACCGCCACCGGCUCCUCCCCCAAUCAAACCCCGGGCACACAUGGCGCCAACCAACGCCCCGCCUGGCUAGGCCACCCCUUCCGCGUGGUGGUCAACACGAUCAAGUUCGUCGCCUUCGCCCACCUGCUGUGGGAAUACGGCAUCUCGAUGGCGCCCGCGUCCGGGCCGUCGAUGCUUCCCACCUUCGAGGUGCUCGGCGAGUGGCUGCUGGUGUCCAAGCUGCACCGGUUCGGCCGCGGCAUCUCCGUCGGCGACGUCGUGGCCUACAACAUCCCCAUCAACGAGGAGGUCGGCGUCAAGCGCGUGCUGGGCCUGCCGGGAGACUACGUGCUGAUGGAUACGCCCGGGGAUGGCGGCGCCGGGAGCGGGACCGGGGGAAGUAUGAUACAGGUUCCGCAGGGCCAUUGCUGGAUUGUUGGGGAUAACCUGGUUGCGUCGCGAGACUCGAGGUACUUUGGCCCUGUGCCUUUGGCUCUGAUCCGAGGAAAGGUCAUUGCCACGGUUCGGCCGUUCUCCGAGUUCAGGUGGAUUACCAAUCCAUUGCGGAAAAGCGAGAGCUCACCGGAACCAUAAAGGCUCGGGAGCAGGGUUCUGCUUCGCAUGCCACAAUUCGUCUUUGUGAGCAACUCCUCGCUUGAAGUGAAACCCUUGGCAAGGCUGAACUCGUUCGACUAGGGUUUGGUUAUGGGUAAGCGGGAAAAUG